AUGUCGAAGAAGAAGAGACGGAAUGGUUUAUUCGAUCUGGAAGAAGUUAAGAAAAGAUUUGAUGAGGAAAAAAGUUGUGCAGAUAGCGUUAAACAACAGGUUGUCGGUUUACAAAAAUUCGAUCUCGUAGACAUUUUUGUAACAAAAGGUCUCAGUUUCACUGAGGACGAAACACUUCAACUUCUUGCUGCCAAGUUGACUUUCCAAGGUGUUUGUAACCUACGAAAGACGAUACACCAAGUUCCUUCCAAUAUAAGACGAGUUAUAUCUGGAAAACCGUUGCGGGCGACGUUAAUGUGGGAUACUUUUAAUGCCCUUUGUUCGUUGACCAAUUGCCACGUUUUGCGGCCUACGUCUGUUGAUGAGCUCUCGCUUUGCUAUUUCCAUAAACGGUUCAUUAGUUACUGUAAGUAAAUUCCUACAUUCUCAUCACCGCCCGACCAUAUUUGGAUUUCCGCGUUGAUAUAUUUUGUUAUAAAGUAUAAAUUUACCGUUCGACCCAGCAUCUUUAAAAGAUUCACUUAUUUUUAUAUUUAAUAUGGAAUUUUUGCGAUAUAAAAUUAAAUUGUUUUAUCGUUAAUAUUGUAACAUCAUAUGCAACAUGUGAGCUUAUUACAAUGAUUUGUGUGGAGUCUGUGCACCCUUGUGUAUUUUCCUUGUGUAUGUUCAUUAAUAGCAGCAUUCUCCUAUAUUGCUAUAAGUAUAAUAUAUUAAUUAAGGCCAAAUACAAAAAUACCUCCCUCUCCAAUUUUUUAUAUUUUGAUAUAAAACAUAAACGUCCUGGCUGACUUGGACUUUUUGAAAUUUAGUGAUGAGAAUCAAGGAAUUUAUUUUCUAUGGCCUUAUUUAUAAAUCAGGCAACAUCUGCGAGAACAACCCCAUUUUAUGCCUAUCAAAAACGCUGGACCCCCUUAAAAAUAUCUAACAAUUAUAGCACCUAGGCUCGAUUAACCAUAACUCAAGUCGAACCUUCCCGAAUGCCGGCCGGUAAUUGAGCUUAUAUAGCACCCCCCCAGUUUAUCUUUUCAUGCUUAUGUUCAUGCUUUUAUCUGAUGCUGUCUGAAUAUUAUUGAAAAUACAACCAAUGAAAAGGAUGCGAAAAUGCAUAUAUGUUUUCUCGAUAUAUAGUAAAUACAUUACAUCAUUAUUGCCCACCUUCCGUCGUUCCAGCAAUGCUAUUCUGUGGUUAGGGUGGAAAAUUAGCAGGGGAGGGGGCAAGUAUUUUUGGUGGGUAGAAACUUUAAUUUCUUAAUUUUAACAUUAAAAUUAUACAAUUUUCCUAUUUCCAUGUAGUUUCUAUGUAGUUUCUGAAAGUUAUAAUUAUAUCAAUUUCUACAUUUUAUAUGUAGCAAUCACUGCUGGGUUUCAUUCAGCGGAUUUGCAGAGGCAUAUAAUGAAACCUACGAGCAGCAAAUCAUCCAAUAUGCUUCACGUUUGAAAUGUAAGUUCUAUUUAAAAUUUCUAUCAAGAUAAAAUGCUUCUAGUGUCAAAUUAUUCACCUUUACCCUGGUUCCAGAGGCUCUUUGCGAGGCGAAAGAAAUGAUAGCUACCUGUAUGUAUAAUUAGUUUGCAGUAUUAAAUGUUCAUUUCCCAAACUGGUUUGACAUAUUUUUGCAAAUGGCCAAUCACAUGCGAGAUUCAAGUUCUGAACCUAAUCAAGUGUGGAAGUCCUUCUCGCCUCUUGUUUAUUUUGCCUCGCAAAGAGCUUCUAGAACCAGGGUAGUUCAUCUUUAGUUGACAAUUAUUUUGUAAUUUGUUUUUCAGCCUGUUCAACUUCAGCGGAGCAAGCAGAAGAGGCUCCAGAAGAUUGUAGUAUUGGUGUGUACCCUUUUAAUUUAAUUUAAUACCUACUAGGUUUAGUAUUUAGAAUUUGGCCAAAUCCAACAAUAGCAGGCUGUGGGUGAAUAUUUGACAUAUUUAGUAUUUUUGCACAAGUAAAAAUAACAAAUCUUACAAGUUGAUGGGUCAAAUUUGACGUAUUAAGCUGUGUUAUAUUUAUAGGUAUUUUAACGGGCGAACUAUCUGCCAAGUCGGUUGCCAAGUGCUUCUGGCAUUGUGAAGUAGAGGAGGAGCUAAAAGACAGAGGGUUAAGAGAAAAAUGGAUCUUUGCACCUAAUCAAUCUGGAACCAAUGAGCACAUGGGCACAUAUGAUGAUGUCAUGGAAUAUGUUGACAGAAACCGCUGUGAAGAAUUAUACAGCCAUAAGUGCUCUUCCCAUUGUAAACGACAAGGUAAGUCAGAAAUGUAGAUUUUGCAAUAUUUUACAAUUUUGUAAAGACAAUAUACAGUAUGAAACCCUUACAGAUAUAAAUGCUUUGUUGACAUUUGACAAUAACAAUGGCAUUCUGAGGAAAAAUAUACCUGCAGAGUAUCGUAGUUGUAUUUAGUAUGUGCUGUGCAAUACAGGGAACCUGCCCCAUAAAUUUCAGUCUGCUAAAACAUACUCCAUUUUAUCUUGCUUUUUAGGGUGUGGCAGAUUGUACGUUGCUGAUGGCAAUUGGAAAUUACGCUAUGCUCAUUGUAUGUGGAAAGUGCCUGUUAGUGUGUCUGGUUUCGGGAAAAUUAACUAUCCCAGCAUAUGCCCCCUCUCACCAAAACGAGGUCAUGCUUUUUGCAAUGAGCAUUCUGAAAAAGCACAGGCAAUGGGCUAUGAAACAGGAUUGAGGGACCUAUACAAAAAAUGUGGAGUGACUGGUGUUGAAGUGGAUCAAGGUAACUGACAGAUUUUAAUAAGAAUUCCAGACAGAAGAUUCAACUUCAAAAUAAAAGUUAAGUUAAUUAAGCCUAUUGUUUGGGAAGAGCAUUGAAAAACUGUGUAGACAAACAAAAUUGCAGGUCCAUCAAAGGAUAGAAGCAUCAAAUUUGGUAGCAUUUAAAAAUUCAGGAAAAUUAGUAUAAAUAUUGUAUGGGAAAAUACUGAGGUGAGCAUACGCUGUCCCACCUCACUAUUUUUCCAUACUAUGUAUUUAUACUAAUUUUUGAGAAUUUCAAAAUGCUACCAAACUGGAUGCCUUUAGCCUAUGGACCUGAAAAUGUUUUUCUUCUCGUAGUACAUAGUUUUUGAUGCUCUUUCCAAACAACAGGUUGACUUAAUUUUAACUUAAUGUUUGUUUUGGAGUUGAACCGAUACCCCGGAAAAUCCACCCACUGUGAUAUCACCGCCGGGGCUACCCUGGUUCUUUGCAAGGUGAAAGAUACAAGAGGCGAGAACGAAGAGCCUCUGGUCACAUUGGUUGCAAAUCCCACUUCUACACUUGAUUAGGUUCAGAGUUUGACAUAUUUUUACAACUGACCAAUCACAUGCGAGAUUCAAAUUCUGAACCUUAUAAUCAAGUGUGGAAGUGGGAUUUGCAACCAAUGUGACGAGAGGCUCUUCCCUCUCGCCUCUUGUAUCUUUCGCCUUGCAAAUAUUUCAAUUUUUGGAUUUGUUAAACAAAUGGAACAAAUUGUGAUUGGGUCAAGGUACAUGCUAGAAGGCCAGAAGCUCAAAAGGAACGUUGAAUCCUAAUCAAGUUUCAGAUUGAAUCUUAAAAAUCCACAUGUUGAGGUGGAUUCAUCAGAUUCGAACCUAUUUUAAGAUUUUGUUAAAUAAAACUGAAAAUUGAUCAUUGGAUUUGAAGAUCCAAAUUCAGAUUGCACUAAAGGAAUGCUCCCCUAGGAAUUUCCUGAUAUCCCUGGAGAAGGGGGGGGGGGGGCAAAUUUCCUGUGACACCAGAGGUCUGGAAUUCUUGAUUCUUGUAUUCUUGAAGCAAACCAGUGGUCCAAAAUUAAUUAGUGUCCAUGUAAUUACAGCGAAAGAGACAUUUUAGUUGGAUAGAUUCAUUCUUAUUCUUCUCUCCUCUUAAUUAAGAACCCACAUAAUGGUGUUGAUAUAAGUAUUCUUUAAAAGAAGUUGCUGUCAUACAUUGUUAUUUAAAUGGCUUGAUGUAUGGGGCUUUAACCCCAACCAAAAUAUGGGCUUCACUACUAACAUAUAGUUUAUUUUCCUGAAUUUAAGCACUGGACGAAAUGUCAUCCAAGCCAUUGUUAUCUGGUAAGAAAAAUUGUUGUACAUAAUAUUUCUAUUGCUGUCUAUACUGCAUAUGUUUUAGUCAGUAUGUUCAUCAGACACACCAGUGUGGAGUCAUGAGAACAAGUUCGACAAUUUCCAAUUUAUAAUAGUAAAAAGGCUUUUUCCAAAAUCAAUUGCAGUCAAAAACGGUGUAAGGCAUACAACAAUGUAGUAUACAAAUUUGUUGCUGCAAAGCCUCAAUUAUAAACUUAAAAUUUUGUAGACUCAUCAUUUGAUGCAGUUUCUGGUUGUUUGGAAGGGUUUGUGGAUCAAAGUAACAAUAAUAAUACCCCUAAUGCUUCUACAUUUCGAGGUAAUGUACAACUAGUUGAAUCAGAGUUGUUCUUUGACAAAGCUAAAAGGUCAAUUUGAACAUUUUAUGUUACAUGUUCACACAAAAAAACUUUGACCAACCAAGCAAAAGUGAAGUCUUCACUGUGAAUUAGACAUGAGAUCACUCAAUCGACUUAAUUAUUAAUUAUGAGAAAAUUCAGUAAAAAUGUAUUGAUUAGAUAUAGAUUCAACAACAAUCAUGCAACUUGUUCAACUUACAACCUUGAUCAGAUGCUAGUGAAUUUUCUCCUCUUACAAAAUAUAGAUUUUUUCUUCAUAAUUUGGGAAUUGAAAUUUUAUGUAUAUUGAACAAAUUUUGUUGCAAAUUAUAAAAUUUCUCUUUAAUUAAAGGCACCACAGAUUUCUUAUUGAACAACCCUGCAUUUGUGGAAGAUAACAGUGUUGAGAGUGAUCUCAAGUGCAACAAAGAUACAGGGGGAUUAAAAACGUUGCAUUUUUGGUCAAGAGGUGUAUUUUUCAUAGUCAGUGCAGGUGGACACAUAGAAUACUGGCAGCCGCUUUACAAGUGAGUUUUUGUUUUGUAUUCAUGUGGUUGUAAAAAGUAGACACAACUUGUCGUACAGAGGCAGUAAAGCACUAUAGGUCAAUUUGUACUCUCAAGGUUUCUGUGAUCAAAGACAAAGUGUUCUUUAAUCAGUACAUACAGUACAUGUUUUUGACAAAUGGGUUUAGCAAGGAAGUUGAAUUGUACUUAGGUUGUAAUGACAAUUGUUUUGUGUGUCCUAGGUCAGAAUCACCUACCCAAGCAUUCCUAAUAACUGUUCUAUGGCUUUAUCGCAAAUUUAAAGCACUAGAAGAUGCUGGAUAUUGCCGAGAUGAAAUCAUAAGUGAAAUUUCAUCGACCGUGUUGUCUUAUGAUAAUAUGUGCCAUAUGGAUGGCCUGUUAAUAGCCAAGAAAAAUUUACCGUUACCUUACCCUUACGAUGAAAUGUGGAAGCGUGUUGGAAAGGUUAUCGAUAGAUUACACCUGAAAAACCAUGUGGAUCCGAAAUGCAAAAGACUAUACAAUCCUGAUGAUAAAUUGCCACAUGAAUUCAAUACGAUGGCACGUGAGCAAACAUUCGUUUGGGCUAGCCGAUUUAAAAAGGUUAUGUGCGCUAUGCCUCAUAUUCAUCAGUUUUUCUUUUUACACAGAAUUGUCAAAUAUAGAAACAAAUACACGGAAAAAUGUCACAUCAACUCCAAAAUACCAAUUCUCCCGAAACUAACAAAAAUGUGA